AUGGCUUCACCGCCCAGGAGCUCGGCCCCGCGGCGCCGCAGCGUGCCCUCUUGGCCGCCCCCGCAAACAGCAGCAUUGGCAGGGUCGCUGAAGCCAAGACGACGUAGUACCUGUUCAGUGAGCAGCAUCACAGAUUCCGCGACCACCAGUUCCUUUCGCGGCGUUUUGAACACGCGGGCGGUGCUGCAAGAUUUAGAGGGCUCCGAAGAGUAUGAAUACGGUCGACUCCUGCCGAUCUUGCUGGACAUGGAGCGUGAGUCCCCAGGGGAACUUUGCGUGAGACAGUUCUUGGCCGAGAACUGCGAGAUCAGCGUUUCGCUGAUGGAAGCCUUGCCGUUUCUGCGAAGUUUGGAGCUGCCGACCUAUCAGCUGUCGCAGGAGUUCAGGAGCUCGGCGGUGUUUCGGCAUUUCUUGCUGGUUCUGCAGGAGCUCUCAGUAUCUGACAGCACCUGCGAACAGAUCUUCCGCAAGCUGAGCCGCGGCGGCGGCGCCAGCAUCCAGAACUGUCGCCAGAACGCGCAGCAGCUCUGCAUCGCGCGAUUCGAGGCCAACCUGCCGUGGAAGGAGUGGGACGAGAUCUUGCAGGCUGCUUUUGAAGGUGUCGGUGACCACGCUGACCACGGUGACCGCGUGUCGUACGCCCAAUGGGCCAUCGGCUGCCGCCGCUGCGUGCGGAUCGUGCGGCUGAUCAUCACUCUGCGAUUGGCCGGUGGUGGUUCCAAGCGACUCAUGACCGUCGAAAGCUUCACGAAAGCAUUGGUGGACGUGGCCAUGCAAGUCAUGGGGCCAGAAGAUGUGUCAAAUGGCUUGGAAGACUUCUGCAAGCGGGUCCUGCGUCCUCUGAACGAGGUCUUGUUGCGAUCUCGCAGCGAGGACUUGUUGGGAGUGUUGAAGCUACAGGAGAAGCCACAGGUGAAGAGGCUGCUAGAAGACUGCAAUGCUGGUCUGCAGAAGCUCUUUCUGUGCUAUGCCGCGGAGCCCACGGCUCGGAGGUCUUAUUGGAAUUCCGACUCGGUCACGAGAUUUGCUGUGGACUUUGACUUCUUGGGCGAGGUUAGCAACCUGCCUUUGCAGCGCAUGUUCCAGGAUGCUUGCCAAAAUCCAAAUAGCGUGCGCGCAGACGACAAGCUUUUUGUGGAAGUUUUUCCACUCUUUCUGCUCAUGUUGGCCAACAAGACCCAUGCUGGUCAGGCAUGUCCAGUGGAGCAAGAUCGGGUGCCGUUGCUCUUCCAACGGAUCAAUGCCAUCGCCUGUACGUCGACGCAAGCGCCGCGUUUUGGCCUUGCGAAGGAGCCGUUGCUGCCUUUGUCCAAGGAUGCCCAGACACGACGAAGCAGCCUCGUGUCCAUGGGGGAGGAGUCGCGACGUCAGGAGACCGGCUUGUCCUGGCUGCUGAACAGCACCUUUUAG